CGCCAGGCGGAGGUUUGGACCGCGGGUCUAGGCUGCGGCAGCCGAGGUCGGGCCGGGCGGCGCAACCGGCGCAACUCCCCGCCACCGAGGUGGUGAUGGGCAAGGAGGAGGAGAUUGCGCGGAUUGCCCGGAGGCUGGACAAAAUGGUGACCAGGAAGAGCGCGGUGAGGGGCGGGGGCCGCCAGGACCCUCUGAACCUCCCCCUCGGGCAGAAUGACACCUAGCCCAGUGGAGACCCCUUCUCCAGGCCCGCCCUCCACCUUGUCCUGGGACUGCCGCUUCGCACUGGACGCCACGCUGACUGAGAGCUGCCCUCUGUCCCGUUGCCCAGCGGUGGCAGCGGACGUUCUUGGCCCAGCCGUUAUCUCCCCUCUCUUCCCCACCCUCCAUAACCAGGAGGGAGCCAUGGAUUUGCUGCGGGAGCUGAAGGCCAUGCCUGUUACACUGCACCUGCUCCAGUCCACCCGUGUUGGGAUGUCUGUCAAUGCCCUGAGGAAGCAGAGUUCGGAUGAGGAGCUCAUUGCACUAGCCAAGUCCCUCAUCAAGUCCUGGAAGAAGCUCUUGGGUGCAGAUGUUUCUAAUGGCAAAUCCAGGGAUCAAGGGAGGAGUGCACCAUUGCCCACAUCAUCUUCAAAGGACGCCUCAGGGACCACGGAUCUCAGCUGCAAGAAGCCAGACCCACCUAGGACCUCAUCCACUCCAAGGAUCACCACAUUUCCACAAGUACCCAUCACCUGUGAUGCUGUGCGCAACAAAUGCCGUGAGAUGCUGACUUUGGCCCUGCAAACGGACCAUGACCAUGUGGCCGUUGGUGUGGACUGUGAGCAUCUGUCAGCUCAGAUCGAGGAGUGUAUCUUCCUGGAUGUGGGAAACACAGACAUGAAGUACAAGAACCGUAUUCGGAGCCGAAUCUCCAACCUGAAAGACGCCAAGAACCCUGGCCUACGGCAGAACGUACUAUGUGGGGCCAUCACACCCCAGCAGAUAGCUGUGAUGACAUCAGAGGAAAUGGCGAGUGAUGAGCUGAAGGAGAUCCGCAAGGCCAUGACUAAGGAGGCCAUCCGUGAGCACCAGAUGGCUCGCACAGGUGGCACGCAGACUGACCUGUUCACCUGCAGCAAGUGCAGGAAGAAGAACUGCACCUACACACAGGUGCAGACCCGAAGCUCUGAUGAGCCUAUGACCACCUAUGUUGUCUGCAACGAGUGUGGGAAUCGAUGGAAGUUCUGCUGAGCCCUUGUACUGACGUAUUGUAGUCCUGGCCAUGGCUAACACUGUCCCUCCUGGAAUGUUCUUGGUGGACAGUUUCUCUGGAGAUCCCCAGAAGGUGGCAUACCCCAUCCCAGCCUGCCUGCCUGGUGUGCACCUUUCUGCCCUAUGUCCUUCAUUAUUAAAUGUUUUAUUUUGCCUUC